UGCUCACGCAGAAAGAGCAGGGAAUUUGCACUUCCUGUUGUAAACGACCUCGAACAACAGGGAAAUUGAAUCGGCAGCGAUCACAACAGAGCUUCUUUCUUGAGUAAAACGGGUCUACCUUUUCUACUUAGGCUGGUAUUAAUUAAAGCUAGAAAAGCGUUGAUGGGUACAUUUUUUACUCUCCAGUCAAAAGAAAAAAGCAGCCAGUUGGCACUGCUAUACACCUAAACUUUCCUCCUGGCUGUACUUCACACUUGACAUCUGACCUCUGACCUCCGACCUCCAAGAUGCACGCAAACAUUGACCCUGAGACGGUCAUCACCAAGCUACCGUUCAAGGUCAUGGAUGAGCUGUCUGGUCUCCUGGAUAUCCCAGACGGCAGCGGAAGGCCCUAUUGGAAGGCCCUCAUAGCUGUUUUACCGGGAGACAUGUACACAGAUAUUCAGAUUAACCGCUUCAGCAUGGAGGGUCUUAGCUUGCGGGGAGGGGGCUCAUCAUACUCCCUAUUGCGGGACCUGGGCCAACGUUACUGCAAGACUGUCAAACAGCUAGCCGCAUACCUAGACAGACUACAUUACGAAGCAGCUCUCCUCUUGAUCAAAGCAACAGAGCCGCUCUCCAUCGCGGAUAAUCCAAAUUCAUGCAGUGUAAUGACAGGCGAGUUGGUCAAGUUUUCGUGCAAAGGAAAAGGUUUCCCCUACCCCAGAUACCAGUGGUAUAGGGCACAUACGAAAGGCACGGAAGGAGGUGAGAUCGUCUAUGACGAAGUCAGCGGUGCGGUCGACUCGGUCCUCGAAAUUGAGUCAGCGGACGAUAGUCACGCAGGGGGUUAUUGCUGCAAGGUCUACCAUAUACCCAACGGCCAGCAGUGUUCUAAGUUCACAGAGUGGGCCUACCUCACUGUAAUCAGAGGACAUACAGCUCCACCUAGUACUAGCCCCAGUGGGCAGAUUCUAGCCCCGCCGGUGAUCAGGCAGCAGCCAGAGGGUAACCUGCGUGUAGACCAGGGGCGGGAGCUGGUGCUGACGUGCAGGGCUACCGGUUGUCCCAAGCCAGACUACCAGUGGUACAAGUACGAGGACAACCCUAAGACAGGGGCAAUCGACAAGGAGCACAUCAAAGGCUGCACUUCAGAAGUUCUGCAGUUUGCUCAAGCAACGUCCCUUGAUGCCGGCCAGUACAUAUGCCACGUCUACAACUCAGUUGCCGAGGCCUGGAGUACCACCAGCAACGUUACCAUAACGACCCUGGCGGAGUCCCUGAAGAGGACUCAGAGGUGCAACAUUGAGAUCUUGAGGGAUCCCAUCGACGUCCAAUGCCUGCCGUCAGUCGAUCAGAAGCUGGAAUGCCUGGCCAGCUGCAGUACAGCCAAGCUCUUCUUCCAGUGGUACAAGGACGGCCAACCAAUAGAAGGUGAAACGACAAAUCAACUGUGCUUCCAAGACUUGAAAACGUCUGAUGCUGGCAAGUACUUUUGUCGUGUGACUGCAGAGAACAUAAAGUCUGAAGAUUCUAAGGUGGCAGAACUGAAGUUUCUAACCCCAGAAGAAAAAUUUACAGCCACAGACAAGGUAGCUUUACUCAUUGGGAACGAGGCCUACAGGUCAGGGACCUCACUGUCCGCACCUGGCAACGACAUGGAGAAAAUGGCGUAUAACCUCUACCGCAUGAACUUCAAGGUUGUGUCACUUCUCAACCUCACUGUUGCUGAGAUGAGAAAGGCUCUCAAGAUCUUCUGCUCUCUGCUCAGUGAAGGAGUCUAUGGUCUGUUCUACUUCAGUGGGCAUGGGUUUGAGCAGGGCGGGCAGACGUACAUGGUUCCCGCUGAUGCCCCCACUGGCUACCUGCCUGAGGAAUGUAUAUGUGCGGAGGAGGUGCUGGCCAGCAUGCAGGAGAAGAAUACCGCCCUCAACGUUCUUCUUUUGGACAUCUGUCGCAAAUUCAAUGACUUUACUCAGGGCGAAUUCAAACGCUUCGAGUCUGAAGCGAAAGGAAACACAGUGUAUGGAUAUGCAGCUACAAUCAACUCUGAGGCGUUCGAGGUCAGUCAUCAAGGCUAUGCUAUCUUUACCAAGUAUCUGGUGAAGCGGAUCCACGAAGAAUGCUCUAUCUAUGACAUACUCAAAAAAGUCAUAAACGAUGUGAACAAAGACCCUUAUGGCAGCAAAAAGCAAUUCCCUUCUUUGAUGGGCAACUUGAAAGAAGACCGAUCUCUGGCAGAUUGCAUCACGUAUACUGGCCGCACCACAGAAUUCAAUACCCGCAACGACGCUUGGCAAAGAGGCCACGAGCUGCCCAGUGAUAUACCCAUAGCCCAGCUUCCUUACGGCAUCGUGGCCCAAAUCGAGUUUGAAAUCCGCUUCUCCAACGUCAUGCUCAUCAUUACCAAGAUCUUGAACAGGGGGGCCAGCACGUGGUGCGAGGCUACCCCCGCCAAGGUCCCGCCCGAAGUGGACAUCAAAUUGUUGAAGGGACACUUGGAAGUGCCUGACCUCAAUGGAAGGCAGGGUGAGGCGCCUUUCUACAAAGCUAUCAUCGAAAACAUCCAAAGAAUCCGAGGCGAUUUCAUCUUUGACCUGAUCGUGAAUUACGAGUACGGAGGCCAGCGCUACACCCAGGCCCUGCCCAUUCGGAUAGAUCGUCCUCUGAUCUCCCAGGUCUGGCUCAUGGAUGAGCUGGAGACUGAAAGAUCACCCACAGAAGAUGAAUACCCAGAUUCAUCAACAUCCAACUCACUCGUCUAAGGAGUCAUCUCUGUCGUCUGCUGUUUCAUUGGUCCUACUUCCCAUAGGUCAUAUGUCCAAUUGGUUCUAUGCCGUCCCGCUGGUCCAUUUGGUCACUAUUCCUGCUCUCAAAUAUUGGUCCAAGAUGCAAUUGGUCCCGCAUUCACAUUGGAUGUCUCAUUGGUUCUAUGUUCCAUUGGUGUUACAUCUCACUGGUCCAAUGUCUCUUUGGUACCACGUACCAAUGGUCCUAUGCUUUAAUGGUCCUAUAUGCUUUAAUGGUCCUGUCGCAUUUUGUCCUACAUGUACAACUAUAUACAUCCAAUUGGUUCCAUGUCUCAUUGGUCUUAUGUUCAAUUCUUGUAUGUUACAUUAGUCCUACAUUCCUCCAGUCCUAGGUCCCAUUCUUUAUUUGUUCCAUUGGUCCAACAUUUCAUGUGUUCUACAUUCCAGUGGUCCUUUGUUCCCCCUGUGCUAUGUCUCAUUGGUCCUGGUCUAUGUUCCACUGGCUCUACAUUCCACUAACCCAAUCUCGCUUUUAUCUUCGGUCCCACGUACCCCUCAUCAGUGUUAGUCUUAGUGGUCCUAUGUGACACAUAUAGUUUGGUAUUUUUUCAUGGGAUCAGGGCUUUUACACCAGGGUUAUGUUUAAUGGAGGACAGAACAGCAGGGCCCUGUUUGAUAAAACUACCGAGAUAUCAUUAACAAUUUACAAUGAAUAUUAUUGAAAAGCUAUUGAAACCACUGCAUUUUAUUAUUUGUAAUCUUGUUCAUUCAGUGUAAGUUUUGCUGGAUUCUGUGAGAAUACAUUUUCAGUGUAAGUUUUGCUGGAUUCUGUGAGAAUAUAUUUUCCAUCAUUACCAGAACUCAAGCUUAUCUUUAAUCAAGAUUCAUGUUAAAACAUCAGCAAAUAAUUAUGAAAGGGUGCUUUGUUAGAAUGACUUUUUAUAUGUUUAAAGUAUACUCAAAGUUCAAAGAGUGUUCACUUGUAUUGUGUCAUAUUGCGGUUUCUCUCUAAAUAUUGCAAAUACCAGAUAUCCCCCCCCCCUCCCAUCAUUUGCAAGGAAAGGAAAAAUAAAUAACAAAUACAUUUUUAGGGGAACAAAGCAAAAUUUUUAAAGAAAUUUUGUCAUUGAAGUAAAUGAGGCAAGAUUUGAAUGAAUACACAGACUUGCUUCCCAAACCUGUGUAUAGUAGCAAAUUACCUGAAAAUAUUUUCUUGCAAAAUCUGUAGGCAGGGCGCCAGCUCCCCCCCCCCUUUCCCCAUGGAGCAGUUAUUCACAUGUGAUAUAUUUUCUUCAUUAGGUUCAAUACAAUCUUCUUAUAUUAAAUUCUAAAGUUCUUUGGUAGUGUAUUUCAAAGAUGUUCAUGUGUGGGUAUAUAGUCGUUCGUGAAUCCGUUGUGAAGUAGGCAACUUGGCGAUCACUACAUAUAACUAAGCCAAUGGUUAAUACGCUCCCGUGCGUACGUCCGUGUGCUGCCCUCUAUAUACCCACGCUUGAGCAACUUUAAUGUGAUCAGGAUUUCAUCUUGCUUUAUAUCAGUUUUCAUAUUUGCAUAGAACUAUUUUCUUAGACAUGUACUCUUUGUCAUUUUUAAGUAAUCAUUUCUCUUGAUGGUGAUUCACUAAAUUUUGAAUAUGAUGUGUUGUACAGUUCAAAAACAUCUUGCACCAUGUAGUAUAUAGUCUAGUAUUAAAAUGAUAAAUACUUUCGACCUGUAUAUUAGUGUAUAUAGAGAGCUAUGUUAUAGAAUGAAUUGUAAUUUUAUAAUCAUGAAUUUUUAUAAAUUAUUUCUGAUGAUUCUGUGCUUGCCUUAAACAUGACCCGUUGUUUUUGAAACAGUUUAUAAUUUUUAUUCUGUAUUUCACAAGAAAUAACAUUCCUUCAAUAAUCAUGCAUCACUUAUCGAUUCAUUUCUUCCUUCAAUAGUGCAUUAUUGUCAGUUGCGGCUCUUCACAUAUACAUUUUAGCAAACAAAACUUUCAAACUCUACCUCAAAAUGCACCCUGAUUUCUGAACAAUCUAUGUAAUACUGUAGUUUUUGAGCAAGGCCUCUAAAAUGAACUUUAGGUCCACAGUGGUGCUCUGAAUUAAUAGCAAUGUGUUUGUUUAUUUUGUGAUAAAAAAAACAAUCAACUUGUUUAUUUGUAUCAAACUCUGUCAUUACACCGUUGAUUCUGAGGAAUUGACUUCUUAAAAAUUGCUCUAGCUGUAUUCAAAAUAAUGAUAGAGAUCAACCUUGUACUUCCAUGUUCACUAACCAUUGUCUAUUAUGAAACUGUAUCAUAUAGCCUAUGUGGGUAAUAUUGUGUUUUAAAUUGGUUUUAAGACGCAUUUUGUAAGAAACAUUGUAGUCUGUAGAAGUCAUUUUUAAGAACCUUGACUAUAAGUCCUCUCCAAAUAAGUGAAGAGACUGUCCUAGAGAGGGCAGUGCUGUGUUUAUCAUAAUGGAUUUAUUGCGUGGGUUCGUAUCCCACUGCUGCCACCAUGUAUUGAGACGUGGUUCAGAUAAACAAGACACGCGCAUAUUGCAUGGACUUUAUUAAGUCAUUCGAUCCCGUAGGAUACGUACAUACAUGUAUAUCAUAACAACAGAGAUACAAUGCAAGUCCAUGGCAUCGUAUACAAUAAACAGAGCUGCCAACCUUGUGCGACC